AUGCAUACCGUCGAGGUGAAUAAACUUGGUGUGUUGCCAAGUGAGAUUACAGCGACGUGUUGUAUGAUGAUGAGUCGGGUGCAGGAAGUGGACAGGGCAGCAGGAGCCGGUCGUUGUCCCAGUGAACGCAGCACUUUCGCUUUUAUCGGAGAACGAACCCGGCCCAUUACUACCGCACUCACGUGGUUACACCAUCACGCAGCUGUUGGUUUUUGGUACGAUAGUAUGUGUGCAUACUAA